AUGGACAAUAUAUGUUUCUGUGCCUUUUUGGAGGAAACUUGUAUUAUGAAACUUGAGACUCCUGCUCAGGUUGCUGCAUUGAAGUACAUACCGUCAGUUCUUCAUGAUGUUGAAAUGGUCUUUGAUGCCAGGUUACUGAGCCAACUACUAUAUGAAUUUUACACUUGCAUUCCACCAGUGAAACUGCAGAAGCAGAAAGUGCAGUCCAUGAAGGAAAUAGUACGCAGCAACCUUUUUAAAAAGCAAGAAUGCAGGGACAUUCUGCUUCCGGUGAUUACAAAAGAGCUGAAGGAAUUACUGGAACAGAAGGAUGAUCAGCAGGCCGUAGAGAAGAAGUACUGUAUUGAAUUACUCAAUAGCAUCCUGGAGGUUCUGAGCUGUCAAGACCCU